AUGCCUCUCUUUAUCUUUCUCUCUAUCAUAUUUAUUUGUUGUCCAUCUAUCUAUCUAUCUAUCUAUCUAUCUAUCUAUCUAUCUAUCUAUCUACAUAUUUAUAUGUAUUAUAAAAAUUUAUUGAAACAUUUAUUAUAUCUAUCUAUCUAUCUAUCUAUCUAUCUAUCUAUCUAUAUUCAUAUUUAUUUGUCAGUGUGUCUCUUCCAUUCAUAUCUAUCUAUCUAUCUAUCUAUCUAUCUAUCUAUCUAUCUAUCUAUCUAUCUAUCUACAUAUUUAUAUUAUAAAAAUUUAUUGAAACAUUUAUUAUAUCUAUCUAUUUAUCUAUCUAUCUAUCUAUCUAUCUAUCUAUCUAUCUAUCUAUCUAUAUUCAUAUUUAUUUUUAUUUGUCUCUCUCUCCAUCUAUUUUCAAAAUAUAUCUCAGUCCAUUUUCUAUCUAUCUAUCUAUCUAUCUAUCUAUCUAUCUACAUAUUUAUAUAUAUGUAUCUCUUUUAUCUAUUUAUCUAUCUAUUCAUGGGGAUUAUCUAUCUCAGUCUAUUAUUAUUUGUCUCUCUCUCCAUCUAUUUUCAAAUAUAUAUCUCAGUCCAGGUUAUAUCUAUCUAUCUGAAAUAUACAGAAUAUCAUCUAUUAUUUCAUCUGAAUCUAUAUCUACUAUGGAUUCCAUCGUUCAACUCUCACUCUUUCUUUACUUCCUCUUCUUCCAACUAUCUAUAUAUCUCUUUCUCUCUACUCAUCUGA